UUUGCGAGAAAAUUAUGUUUAUUAAUCAUCAAUUAUUAGUAUUUGGAUUAAUCGAAUUAGUUGUUUAUUUUUUUGAAUUUUCCGCGAAAAUGUUCGAUAUCAAAAUCGAUACGAUGAUCGAUAGUCAGAAAAAGUAAACAAUGUUAACCUUUGUUUUGGUUUUCUUCAAUUAGUAAAUUAAUUCUCAUUUUCUAAUUGUUAAUUUUUCCAAUUAGAAGAUUGAUUAGUUUAAUUGGACUUUUUGUCAUCAUGAUCACAACUGCAAAUUUUCGUGCUCUUCCCUUGCAUCUGAAGAUAAUAGUGAGCGUGAAGAAAUGUUACCAGCGACAUCCGAUCGCUUUGAUUGGCUUGGGUCAUGCAUUCGUUGGCGUUUUUGGGUAUUUCUUUUACAUUGACAAACUUUUGGCGACCAACCAGCGGGUGAUGCCACGAUAUCGGAGUUGGUACACUGUGUACAGACCUGAUGACGUGCGAUUAAAAUUGACACCGAAAAGAUUUGUCACCGAUAAGCAAUUCAUGAAGGAAGAUCAUCAUGACUACAAUGAUGAUGCUCCAAGCACUUUGGUUCCACCAGUUAAAUUCAGAGCUAAUCGUGAACGUUUAGGAGGAAAUGGUUAUGUCCAAUGAGAAGUUAAAUUGUAGUGUAUCAUAAAAAUUCAAAGAAUUAUCUAGAUUAAAGUGUUUAAUUGGUCUAUGGCCUGUGUUGAAGUGUCAGCAUUAAAAACGCGAAUCAUUUAUCCGGAUAUGAAGAAUUGAAGUAAACCCAUUCGGCCAUUAAUAAAUUCGAUUAAUGGUUUAUUGUUCGUAAAUACGAUGGAUGAAUUGAGAGAUACUUCGAAUUCGUGGUUUUCGUCUAAUUAUUCAUGUCUCUUAGAUCAACUCAGACUUCCAUCCUGAUUAUCACUUUGAUUAGAAUCUAUUUCCACGAACCCUCCUCAUAACAAAGUGGAUACAUUUAUGAUCGAAAUAGUUGAAGACUGAAUUGAAAUUCGAGUUUGAAACCAACUUUGUUCUAUUUGAAAUUGAAUAAUCAGUGUUAAUAGCUCGAAGCGAUUCGUUUCUUUCGCGAUGGACCAUAUAAAGAAUCGCUUCUCCUUUUUAAUCUUUUGAAGGUUAGCGGAGGAAGAAAACAAAACUUUUCAGUUAAUCGAUUUAGGCUCCUACCUUUGUUAGCAUCUUAAUCUUUUCCUUCUCUCUCAUUUCGAUUCUCAUUUUCUAUUACUAAUCGAAAAAGAUAAAUUCAGUUAUUUGGACAAUUUCAGUUCCAAUCGUUAAAGUGACUCUUCUUAUUUUCAGCUUCAAUUGUGCGAUUUAAAAUUCAUCUGUGAUUUAAUUAUUUCCAAUGUGUUUUCUAACUGACUAGUUUCAGAAAACUCGAAUCGAAAUGUUUCAAAUGUGAAUAACAAUCAACAAUUACCGUCGUUUGCAUGGUCUUAUUUACAAUUGGAAGUUCUCAAUUGCUUGAAAACCAUAAUGGACACUUCGUUGGGAAUACAACAAAUCAUUGGCGACGAAUCAAAUUAUGCAGAAAAAUUGGCCUCAGCUCUUGACACCACCAAUCGAACCAUAAAAAAGCAAAUUUUUGACCUUUUAUCGGCUCUUUGUGUUUAUAGUAAGGAUGGACAUUGGAAAGCUCUGCAAACCCUUAAUCACUAUCAGGCACUUAAACGAACUCGAUAUCGAUUUGAAGUGAUCGUAGAUGAGCUUCAAAAUGCUAAGAAUUUGGAAUAUAAGACCAAACUAUUGGCCUUCAUCAAUUGUUUAAUCAUAUCAGCGGGUAACGGGAAGGAAAGGUCUUCCGUUAGAAAUGAAUUCAUUGGACUUAAAUUACUUCAAUUAAUUUCUGAAAUUCGUCGUGAAGGAACAAAUGAUGAACUAUCGAAGCAAAUUGAUCUUUUUGAAGAACAGAGGAAAUCAGAUGAUAACAUUGAUUCUUUAGAUGUUAAUUCACAUCAGGACAUAUUCUUCACGAUUCUCCGUCAAGUAUCAGGGCAGCCUGAAUACGAAACGCCAUUUCUUCAUCUAUUACAACAUUUACUUACCAUCGAUUAUGGUUCUAGUGAUAUUCCUUCAGUUAUCUGGGAAACUGCAUCAACUUUAGUCCAUCGAGCAACCACAUUGAUUGAAUCUCGCGAUGAUGCAGAUAAAUUGAUCCGUUGGCACACCAAAAGAAGAGGAUCGAUUGACCCAACCUCAGGUUCUCGAUUAAGCGCUUUAUCAUCGCCGAUCAAUUUAGCAUCACCAACAACUCCUCAAAAAUCAUUCUCUCGCAAUUGCAGUCGGCCAUUGUCACCAGCCGAAUCUAAAUUUGAACCGAUUCAAGAAACAAAUGACACACCACAAGCGUCUCUCGAAUCGACUCCUUUUCAACCCUCCCUUCCUCCGCCACCUCCACCUCCACCUCCUCCUCCUCCGCCGCCACCACCACCACCGCCUCCUCCUCCAUCAUCGAGAAUGUCUUCAAGUCAACCCUGUUUUCCUGUUGGAAUGAACAAUUCAUAUUGUUCACCCUUAUUAUCUGCAUCGACUCCUUCUGAACCUGAAUACCUCAAGUUGACAAACUUCGAUAUCCCAAAGCCCAAGAGUAAAAUGCGAUCAUUAAAUUGGGUGAAAAUUCCUUGUCAGAAAGUGAUUCAAUCGAAUCAAUCUAAUCUAUGGAAUUUAAUGGCUCAAGAAAAAUCAGCAAUUAAAACUCUAUCCGUUGAUUUCGAUUCUUUGGAAGAGCUUUUUUGUCAACCCAAUAGCUCAUUAGUUUCUUCAACAUUAUCUACAUCUACUAAUGGACAUGUAUCUUCAUCCUCGACAUCAAACGCAUCAUCAAUUUCAUCUUCAAUUGCUUCUGGUUGUUUACAAUCUUCAUGCUCAUCAUUAACAUCAGUCUCAUCGUUUCAACCAAAUACAACAAUUAACGGCCACAAUAUCCAUCACCAUAUUCAUAUACACACUCAUUCAUCUGAUUCUAGUUCGGGCUCUUGUUCCCCAAUACCGAAUCGUUUAGUACUCGAUGGACUAUCGACAUCCCCCUGCGGCAGUUUAGAUAGGAAAAUAAUGAAAAGACACAGUGGCGAAUAUGGAACCAAUCAAAUCUCUCCGCCUGAAACAAUUAAUCUCAAUAUUCUAGAUGGUAAGAAAUCGCUCUCAGUGAACAUCUUUUUGAAACAAUUUCGAGGAUCAACCGAAGAACUGAUUGAUUCGAUUAAAAAUGGCGACCAUGGGUCAAUUGGAGCAGAAAGAUUAAGAAGUCUAAUGAAACUAUUACCAGAAUCAAAUGAGAAGCAACAAUUACAAAAGUAUAUCAAUGAUUUGAACCGAAUGCCAAUCGCCGAGAAAUUUUUAACUCAGUUGAUUCAAAUUCCCAAUUACCAAUUACGAAUUGAAUGUAUGCUCGUAAAGGAGGAAUUUGACUCUAACAUCGCAUCCUUAGAACCAUCGAUUUCGAUAAUUGAAGCAGCAGCUAACGAGCUCAAAACAAAUGAAAAUCUACGAAAUGUCAUGUACUUAAUUCUUGUUGCUGGAAACUUUCUCAACUCGGGAGGAUACGCCGGAGAUGCUGUUGGAUUUAAGAUGAUGUCCUUGACUAAACUAUCAGAGAUUCGAGGUAAUAAACCAGGAUUCAGUCUAAUCCAUUACGUAGCUUUAGAAUCAGUGAAGAAAAAUAUUCAUGGGUUUCUUGAGUGUUCUAAUAGCUUUGAAGAAGCUGCUAAGAUAUCGGUUGACUCAUUAAAAGAUGAGAUCAAAGCGAUUUCGAGUAAAAUAACAAGCUUGAAAAAGACAAUAUCGUCAUUGAAAGGAUGUUUAGAACUCUUUUUCGUUGAGAUGAGUCGAUUUCUCGAUGCAGCAUCAAAAGAGAUCGAGAGAUUAACUGUUUCCAUAGAAAUUGAAAUCGAAAGAACCAGGAUUGAUUUGGCUCAAUUCCUUUGUGAAGAUAUAUCGACAUUCAAAUUGGAUGAAUGUUUUUCUGUUUUUGCUUCAUUUUGCCAACGAUUCAAAUUGGCCUGUGAUGAAAAUGAGCGAAGACGUGAAGUUGAAGCUAAAAAUGAAAGAAGAAGAAAAAAUCUGACCAAUGAGAAUCGUAAAUACGUUAUAACUGAAACGGAAGCUAACGGUGGAGAGCUCAUUCUAUCCGGAAGUAAUACUUUACCUAAGAUUAGAGCGAGUCGACUGGCUCUUAAUGAGUCUAAUACUGAUGACGAUUUAGCAACUGGGCUGAUGGAACUACUCAAAAGCACCAAUGAUUUAUCUGGAUCAAUUUACGAUUCUGCAUAUGGAUCACUAAGAAGAGUUGGAAGCGGUCGAAGAUCAACAACUCGAACAGUUAAUUCGUAUCACCCCGAAUCUGCGAGAGAACGUAUUCCAAAUUCAGAUGGACUCUACUCCUCAAAUACACGAUUAGGUGACAUUGAGUGUAACAUAUUCGAGAUUCCCGAAGAACCUAAAUUGUUAAAAUCAGAUGCAAAAGUCGAUGAGAAAGAGGAAAAAUGUCCAUUUGAAAGAUUCACGCCAAGUAGAAGGUCAUUUUCAAUUAAAAGUUCUAAUAGAAAAUUACUCAACUGUUCCGAGAAUUCAGUUGAACCUCAAGAACCAAUCGUCAAUACAACCACUGGAACAUCAGUGGACAAAGAGGAAUCGAAAGAUGCUCGUAAUUAUUGGAAAUCUUUAGACUCGAGUGAAAACAGCGGAUCAAAAGGACUAAUAUUCACCAAUCAAUCGAAUCAGCCAACAGCAGUUAUAGCACCAACUCAGAUCGAGACAACAAAAGAUUCGAAAGAGAAUAAUAGUAACGGAAUAGCUCGUCGACCGAAUGUAUUGGAAACUUCAUCGAAAUCGUCGUCAUCAUCUUCAAUCAAAUCUGAACUGAUUGGCCCAUUAAACAGUAGGAGAAACUCAAUUUUAUCACCAACGAGUAACAAUUCAACAGCAGCUUAUGUGAAACCAGUUCAAUUGACGGAAAAACAAAUCAUGUCCUCAAUCGGAAGAUCAUCUUCAUCUUCAUCAUCUUCGUCUUCAUUGUUUAAUGGUAAAAGUUCACGAUCACGAGUUCCGGUCAGAAAAGAUAGUUUAACUACUCCACCUAAGCCCCUGAAAGCGGAAACCACGGACGAUGAUUCAGAACAAGAUUUACAAUCAACUAAUAGACUUAAUAAAAUUAAUUCAACGAAAAGAGAUCCAUUAGAACAUCGUUUAUAUCGAAGUGUUGCUCGAAGUACAAGUAAUUUAAGACGUUCUCCACCAAGUAUAGUUAAUCGAAUUGCAGCCAAAUCGACAUACGACCGAUCGAAAAGCUAUUUAAAUAAUGGUCCAAACUCGUCCAAUCUCAUAGAUUCUAAUCCGAAUCUUGUGAAACGUAGAGUUCAAAAUCCACCCGAAUAUUCAGUUAGACGAAUGAACCAAAUCCCGUCAAAUGGUGAGCCAAGGUCAUUCAUGAGACAAACCUCGUCAUCAGCCGCUAAAACCCAAAAAACAGUUAAUCUCGCGAGAUUCAGAUUCUAAUCAAAUAUUA